AUGAAGGAGCAGAUGGCGAAUUGUUGUGCACGUGCAUGGCCGUUGACAUCGUUAAUCUGUUUCUUAGCGAUCACCGGAGUGAUGGAAACGCCGACCGCCGAAGCCGAAGACUUUAGAUCGGACUUUCUCCAUGUCCUUCGUAGUCGACGAUCAGCCCAAGUUCCAUUGAUAGCGGAGUGUUCGAAGCCAGUGGAAAGUCCUCUGUUCCAAGCUGAUGUUCCACCUACAAAAGCAAUAGAGUCUUGUCCAAAGGAAAACAUUAAUAACUUAAAAGAGAUGCUGAAAGAGGAAAACCUUCAUUUGCACACUGAGGCUGGAGAACAAGGAAGAUUGCCUUUGCUGAUUUUAAGCUUGAAGGAGAGUGGUGAAGAAAGAAGACCAGCGAUUGUGUUUAUGCAUGGCACAAACACAAACAAAGAAUGGUUAAGGCCAUGGCUUGAAGCAUAUGCUUCAAGGGGAUAUAUAGCCAUCGGUUUGGACUCUCGGUACCAUGGGGAACGUGCUAAUAACAGCAAAACUGCCUAUCGAGAUGCUCUUAUAUCAUCUUGGAGAAAUGGAAAGACAAUGCCUUUCAUUUUUGAUACUGUGUGGGAUUUGAUCAAACUAGCUGAAUAUCUUACUGAGAGGGAAGAUAUUGACCCAAAAAGGAUAGGAAUCACCGGUAUCUCUCUAGGAGGGAUGCAUGCUUGGUUUGCUGCUGCAGCUGACACUCGAUAUUCCGUGGCUGUUCCUUUAAUCGGUGUUCAGGGAUUUAGAUGGGCAAUAGACAAUGAUGAGUGGGAAGCAAGAGUCAACAGUAUCAAGCCUUUAUUUGAAGCAGCAAGAAUUGAUCUGGGAAAGAAUGAAAUCGACAAAGAAGUGGUAGAGAAGGUGUGGAACAGAAUAGCUCCUGGUCUAGCUUCUCAGUUUGAUUCACCCUACUCAUUACCAGUGAUUGCUCCACGGCCUCUUUACAUCCUUAACGGCGCAAAGGAUCCUCGCAAUCCUCUUGGUGGACUCGUUGUUCCUUUGGAAAGAGCUGAGAGGGCUUAUAAGAAAGCUUCUUCUCCUGGAAAUUUCAAGUUCGUAGCAGAAGAUGGAAUUGCACAUGAGACGACGAGUUUCAUGAUCAAAGAAUCAUCAGACUGGUUCGACAAGUUCCUUAAACAAGGAGUCACGCAUGACUUGUGA